AUGUAUGUAUUGAACCGCAACCUUUCAUUCCGCUCGCGCAAAGAGCCCCCUGCUAGCCGGCAGCGGUUCAGCAUCUCGACCCUGCGUGGGAUGCAAGCGCCAGAGCUUAGCCGCAAGAUGACCAAGCUGAUCAAGAGCGAGAACUCCGCCAUCGGCGCCCACGAAGCUGCUGGUCGUGAGCGCACCUCGAUCGCCGCCCAGCUCUCCGAAUGGGGCGAGUCGACUGAAGACGACAAUGUCUCCGACAUCUCCGAUAAGCUCGGUGUCCUGCUUGCUGAGAUGGGCGAGCAGGAGGACAACUUCGCGCAGAACCUAGAGGACUACCGUGGUAUCCUGAAGCAGAUCCGCAACAUGGAGGCCUCGGUGCAGCCGUCGCGCGAGCAGCGCCAGAAGGUCACCGACGAGAUUGCCAAGCUUAAGUACAAGGAUCCUUCCAGCCAGCGCCUGGUCACGCUGGAGCAUGAGCUUGUCCGAGCUGAGGCUCAGAACUUGGUUGCUGAGGCGCAGCUAUCUAACAUCACUCGCCAAAAGCUGAAGGAGGCCUAUGAUAUCCAUCUGGCGGCCGUUAUUGAGCGCGCCGAGAAGCAGACCAUUCUGGCUCGCCACGCUCGCCGCCUGCUCAACUACAUUGAUGACACUCCUGUUGUUCCUGGUGAUGCACGCCAGGCGUAUGACCAUGAGCUCUCGGCACGCCAGAUCCUUGAGGAUGCUGAGAAUGACCUCCGUGGCUGGGAACCCAGCGUUGAGCCUAUCACCACUGCCACGGGCCGGGAGUCUCCAGGUCAUGCCAACGGUGUCCAUAAUAUCAACGCUGUCGGUGCCAAUGGACUCGAUGAUGUGUCGGAGCGCCAGUCGGAUGUUCUCGAGAAUGCCUCUGUGACUGAGGGUUUCACCGAACCAGUGGGAAGCGGUGCCCUGCCCGCGAAGAUGGUCGUUGAGCCUGCGCCUGCGUGA